CAUAACAAUUUGCAAAUAAAAAAUCAUUAGCAGGCCAUGCACAUAUAUACUGAAUAAGAAAUGAGCUAGUAAUCAUCUAUAAGCCUUAAAAAACAAAUAAGUUAGGUUGCUUCUGAUGACUUGCCUUUUACAAAUUUCUUCCCUUCCUUUCUUUUUGUGAAUUCUCCUUGAUCAUCAUGAAGAGUUUUCUCUAAAUUCUCCAAAACAGGUGUGAUCAAUCUGUGAGUGACAUACUUCUGAUUCUGGUCUCCUGAAAAAAUCAUGGCAGAUGUGGCUCUUUCGGCCCUUGUGAAGGAUGUGUUGCAAAGACUGACUUCUGCAGCCGCCCAAGAGUUUGGGCUACUUCGGAGACUCGAGGAUGAUGUUUUGACUCUGAGGGAUGCUUUCAAUCAGAUACAAGCUGUUCUCCACGAUGCAGAGAUGAAACAGAGGAAGCAAAAAGCCUUAGAAACAUGGCUUAAGAGUCUUAGAUCUGCGUCUAUAAAGAUGGAAAACGUGUUGGACGAGGUCUCAACUAAUGUUAUGCUACAAAGGCUACACAAACGAGGCAUUAAAUACAAGGUAAGAGCCUUCUUCUCCUCAGAUCAUAAUCAACUUAUGUUCCGUAGUAGGACUGCUCAUGAAGUUAAAACCAUUCGGAGAAAAUUGGAUGCCAUUGCAGCCAAUAGACUUGAGUUUAACUUGACUCCUAGUGCCGUAAGCGUGGAUGCAGGAGUUGGGGGUGAGAUGCCAAAUAGGGAAACUAGCUCACUCGUACAUUCAUCCAUCAUUUUUGGAAGAAAUGCAGAUAUUGAGUUGGUAACUCGAAAGGUAUGCAACAAAGAUAUAUGCAGAGAUGUUGAUGACAUCCGAGUCUAUGCUAUAUGGGGUAUGGGAGGUGUGGGAAAGACUACUUUAGCUCAAUUAGUCUACAACAAUGAAAGGGUGAAUAAGCAUUUCGAGUUAAAAUAUUGGAUAUAUGUCUCCCAUAGAUUCGAAGCCAAGGAGUUGAUAAGAAAAAUCAUAGAAUCCAUAGAUAAAUGUGAGUGUAGACUUUCACUCUUGGAUGCGAUGCAAGUGUGUCUUCAAGACAAGUUACGGAGAAAGAGAUUUUUGAUUGUAUUGGAUGACGUUUGGAUCGAAGAAAAUGAUAGGCCGGAGUGGGACAAAUUAAGUAAGACACUAAGCUGUGGAGCCGAAGGCAGUAUUGUUAUGGUGACAACACGGUACAAGAUAACUAGCCGAAUGAUGGCUAAGGUUCCCGAGUGGCAGCAUGAAGUGGGAUGUUUAUCAGAAAAUGACUCUUGGUUGUUAUUCAAGAAGCUUGCAUUUGCAAAUGGAAGAGAGGGACAAAACAUAGAGGAGCUAGAAGCUAUUGGAAAGAAGAUAGUUGAUAAAUGCAAAGGAUUGCCUUUAGCACUAAAGACUUUGGGUGGCUUAAUGUGGUCAAAAAGUAGUACCGGUGAUUGGCAACGGGUGAAGGACAACGACAUUUGGGACCUACAAGAAAAUGACCUAUUGCCUGCUUUGAAGUUGAGCUAUGAUAAUUUGGUUCCACAUAUAAAACGAUGUUUUGCUUAUUGUUGUCUGUUUCCUAAAGGCUAUGAAAUGGAUAAAAACUUAUUGAUCGAGCUGUGGAUGGCAAAUGGCUUCAUUCCACCUGGUGGAGAAGCUGAUUUGCAAGUGCUUGGGGAAGAAAUUUUCAAUUGUUUGGUCUGGAGGUCCUUCUUUGCAGAUGUGAAGGAGAAUUACAUGCAUCAGACCUGUAAAAUGCACGAUCUAAUGCAUGACCUAGCACGAUACGUGAUGAAACAUGACUGCUCUGUUGUAGAGCCAGGGAAGGAGUUUAUAACCCCAGAUGAGGUGCUUCAUUUCAGUUCUUCAUGUCCACAUUUUUUCUUUUCGGACCAAGAUUUGGAAAAGCUAAGAUCUUUGCGUUCAAUAUUCAUAUUUGCAAAGGAAUAUAGAGGCAGCAUUGACCAAAUUUUCAACCAUGUAUAUCUAAGGGUGUUGUUCUUGGAUCGAGUUGAAAGUAUGACGUUGCCAAAAUCAGUUUGCAAACUUAAACAUUUGAGAUACUUGAAGAUAUCAAGCUCAGAAAUAGAAGUUCUACCUGAGUCAAUUAUUUAUCUCCAAAACUUACAAGUGUUGGUUCUGCGACUCUGUCGACAUUUAUGUAAGUUGCCUAACAGUAUGAGAUACAUGAGGAAUCUUCAACGACUGGACAUCAGUUGCUGCCCUGCACUCCGGUACAUGCCUGUUGGUAUGAAAGAACUAACUGGUCUCAGAAGACUUUCGAGCUUUGUUGUUGGUAAGAAGAAUGGAGCCCGUAUAGGGGAACUAGGAGAUCUAAAUCUUCUGGGAUGGGAUUUGGAAUUAUUGGGACUUGAGAACGUUGGAGGCUUAGAGGAGGCCAAGAGUGCGAAUCUAAUAUACAAAACAAAUGUGUUGGUUUUAGGACUAUGUUGGUCGGACAUCGAUACGAGAGAAAAUAGACUAGAAACCUUCGCACAAGAUGAAGAGGUUCUUGAGGGAUUGGAACCAUAUUCGAGUCUCAACGAGUUGAAAAUACACAAGUAUAUGGGAAAUACAUUUUCUUCAAGUUGGAUGGUCAAUUUAAGGAAUUUGGUUGCAAUCAAAUUUUCUCGGUGUAACAACUGUGUACAUAUUCCAUCACUUGGGAACUUACCCAACCUUAGGACCAUCAAUUUGUUGGGCAUGGCCACUUUGAAGUCUUUCCAUGGUGAUGACAAUACCACAUCAGGGGACAACAUUCGCAGCCUCCCAAACCUCAGAACAUUAGAGAUAUCAUUCAAUUAUCAAUUAGUUUCUUUGCCCAACAAUCUUCCCAAACUACAAGUAUUACAUUUAGAAGAGUGUGGGGAAUUAGUUUCUUUGCCCCAUGAGAAGCAAAGUCUCGAGAAUCUCGAGGAACUUCGGAUUUAUGAAUGUGGAGAUCUAAGCAGAAGAUGUGAAAAGGAGAUCGGUGAAGAUUGGCCUAAAAUUUCUCACAUUCCUUAUCUUGAUAUAUGCUGAUGGUCCAUUCCAUGGCUUGAAGAUGAUGAGAAUGAAGACUGAAAUAACUUCAUUUUUGGUGCAAUACUUGAGCUGGUCAUUUUA